AUGUCAGCAACCAUUGAAAAGCCUGAUCCACUCGCGCCAUUCGUUCGUCUUGCGCCCUCGAUAUACUCUGUCGAGCCGCGGAUACAACCUAGAGAUGACGACAAAGGGCCAUCGACAAUCAUCCUGCCAUUCUGGAUGAAUGCGCCUCCACGAGCAGCAGUCAAAUACGUCGUCAAAUAUGCCGAGCUUGUGCCCACUGCACGCAUCAUUUUCUUACUCACUAAUACUGAGGACUUUUAUAAUUCGCGAACUUCGCAUCAGCUUCGACUGAAGCCGUUGAUUGAUAUCCUCGUCGCUUCUCAGGGAAACGAUGCAGGUGCGUCGGAAAGUGGAGGUGAUGGCUCGGCAUACAUCCAUCUCUUCUCCAACGGCGGCGUCUUCGCAACGGCUCAAUUACUACAAGCAUACAAGGCCGCCACCGGUAAACCACUGCGAGUGUCAAGCAUGGUUAUUGACAGUGCGCCUGGUAAACCGACGCCGUCACUGUCAAUCAAAGCAUUUUCGUACGCCUUACCGCAGACAAUCAUCCUUCGACAGCUCAGCUACGCUCUACUAAGUACGAUGAUAUGGGGUACUUAUUUGACAAGAAAGUUCCUAGGCCUGAUGUGGAGAUUAUUCUGGAAACGCCCUGAAAAGACUGAUGAUGUUAUCGUUUAUGGCGAUGAUCCAUUGGCAUAUACGCGAAAGGCAAUUCUGGAUCCUGAUUUCAUUGUUGCUGGGACUCCGGCGGAGAAGGUCAAGAUGUGUUAUAUUUACUCAGAUACGGAUGAGUUGGUGCCUUGGAAAGAUGUUGAGGAUCAUGCAGCUUUGGCAUCGAAGCGUAGCAGAAUCGUGCAUUUGGAAAAGUUCAUCGGGACGCCGCAUGUUGGUCAUAUGAGGGUUGAUCCGGAGAGGUAUUGGGAUCUGAUAGAAAGGUACCUAGGGUAA